GACCGCUGGUGACAUCCCCCCCCCCCCUCCGAGUCUUAACAGUACCAAUGACUCUCUCAACAGUGGCCGGAGUGUCCAACGGUUCGCGCAACCGGUCGACCUCUGCUGCCUCAAUGUACCCUGAAAUCGGCGCUGUGUCCGCCACCGACGCCUCCUCGAGCACGCCCAUGGGCGGCGCCGCGUCUGCCGCAGGCGCUGGCACAGGCGUCGCCGGAGGCCCCGCCACGGCCCUCCAGGACAUCCCGCCCGACAUGGCGGUGCUUCUCCAGAAACUUGACGACGACUUUGCCGACCGGUCCAUCGACCAAUGGACAUACAUCAACCGAAGAGAGGAGAUCCUCCAGACGGUGCAUCGCUUGCACCAGCAGCAACAGCAACAAAGACAACAGCGCGACGGCGCCGUGCAGGCCCAGUUGGAGUGUCCGUUGUACCCUCGACGGGCCGCCAAGCCCCCCACCACCACCACCGCAGACAGUGAGCUGGCCUCCAAUGGCCCCAGCUCUGCCCCCGACCUUCUCUACAUCCUCGCCAAGCGGGCGGCGCUCUACAAACAAGACCAGGCGAUCAUCUGCCUCGACGCGCGCGGGAAGGAAACCCUGGGGAUGAUCUGGGAGAAGCUCUACCUCAAGGCGGUCAAGGUGGCGUACGAGAUCAAACACAAGGUGGCGCCCAAGAACGCCGACACCGUGGUGCUCCUCUACAAGGACAACGAGGUGGCGGAGUUCGCGGUGGCGCUCUUUGCAUGCUUCAUGGCCAACGUCACGGCCAUCCCCGUUCACCAGGACAUCUCGUUGCCCGAGGUCUUGGACAUCAUCCGCUUGACGCUGGCGCGCUUGGUGUUGCUGCUGGACACCGUGGCCAAGGAGUUGGAGAAGUUGCUGGAUGGCAGUGGAAGUGGAAGUGGAAGUGGAAGUUCGGGUGCCACUGGCGGCUCGGGCUCGGGCUCUGGUGGCGGCAGCUCUACUACUAGCAAGUUCUCCUGGCCGGCCAAGCUCAUGCGGUGGCGUACAAGCGACAUGGGCAGUGCCAAACGGUCCGAAUUGGUGAGCUGGGUGUCGCGCCAGAACCAACAACAGUUGGCGCAACAGCGCCAGAAACUGGACUUGGCGUACGUCGAGUUCUCUAGACUGCCCGUGGGCGAACUACGUGGCAUUGCCGUCUCCCACAGAACCAUCCAGCACCAGAUGAACACCCUCAAGGACACGCUCCUGAGCUUGCCCAACGGUGGAGCACUGCUCCAGCGCCUGGUCAAGGAGGUGCAGCGACUGCGUCGUGUGUUCUUGGCCACCUUGGACACACGGUUCUCCAUCGGGCUCAUCAUGGGGGUGCUCUUCACGGUGUACUCCGGGAACAUGUUGGUGUGGGCUCCGCAGAAGGUGAUGGAGAUCCAGGGGCUCUACGCACACAUCAUCAGCAAGUUCCACGCGUCGUUGUUACUUGCGGACUACAUCGGGUUGAAACGUGUCACCUAUGACUACCAGCUGCUGCCCAACGCAACGCGGUACUUCCUGAAGACCCAACGGGUCGACUUCCUGUCGGUCAAGUGGGUCUUGGUCAACGCGUCCACCGUGGACGGGGAGUUCAUGGAGGUGUUGUCGGAGCGGUACUUGAAGCCGUUGGGGUGUCUGGACGGAGAGAACGCCGUGAUUCCGAUGUUGACGUUGAGUGAGUAUGGCGGGAUGGUGAUCAGUAUGAGAGAUUGGCUUGGAAGUACUAGUUCCAGUACCAGCUCCAACACUAGUGGAGCUGGUGCGGCCUCUGGUUCUGCUUCUGGUUCAGCCUCUGCCUCGGUCUCUGUCUCGGCGAAUGGAGACGGACUGUCCAUCAAUGGUGGUGGUGGUGCUACAUCUACGGCUGCUACUGCCGCUGCUGCCGCGGCCACUGCUGCUAGCGCGGCAGAGGCUGCAGCCUGUGCCACCCUCUCGGCCGUGCUCAUCGAUCGAGAGUCCCUCACAAGAAACAUCGUCAAGAUCGUCAACUCGAACCCAACGUCCGACGACACCCCACACGACACCCUUCGUGUCGAUGCCUUUGGGUACCCAAUCCCAGACGCGACUCUCGCGGUGGUGAACCCGGAACUGUCGAUCCUUGCCCGCAAGGGCGAGCUAGGCGAGAUCUGGAUCGACUCGCCGUGUCUUUCCGGCGGUUUCUACGCCCUCAGAAACGAACUGAAGGCCAUCUUCCACGCCAAGUGCCGCGACGCCAAUGGCACGUUGGAAAUGGACUUCCUCCGCACGGGGCUCUUGGGCUUCACCUACAAUGGCAAGGUGUACGUACUCGGGCUCUACGAGGACAGAAUUCGCCAGAGAGUGCUGUGGAUGGACCAGGAGCUCUACCGGAAACUCGGCAAGGAGCUCGUUGUGGGUAACGGAAGCCGGUACCAUUACUCGAGCCAUCUCCUAGCCACCUUGGCCCAGGAGGUGCGCCAGAUCUACGAUUGCACCAUCUUCGACAUCUUCUUGGGUAAUGAGUAUCUCCCCGUGGCCAUUGUCGAGGCCGAGGUGAUCCGUAAAGUUGUUGAUGGCGACGACUCGUCCCUCGAGGGCAAGCUGGGCAAACUGGGCAAACUGGGCGCAGGUGGUGCCGGCGGCGUUGGUGGCCAUGGUCAUCGUAGCGACGGGGUCCUGGCUUCUGGAAAUGGUUCCGGAGGUGGGAACUCACAAGAAUCCACCGUUACGUACGGCCCCGUACCUUUGAACGAACCGCUUCUCAACCAGAUUGCUCAACGAUGUUUCGACACCCUCUACAAACGUCAUUAUCUCCGGCUCUACUGUGUCUUGGUGGUUGACUGCGACACGCUCCCAAAGAUCAUGCGUAGUGGUGGUAAGGAGAUUGCCAACAUGUUGUGUAAACGGCGAUUCCUCGACGGUCUGCUCCGUGGGGAGUUUGUCAAGUUUUUCAUCCGUAAGCUGAUAAGUAUUGUCCCACAUGGAGAAGACCCCUUGGGUGGCAUCUGGUCGCCAUACGUGUCCUCAUUGAGACGCGCAACCUUACAAGGGUUCAUAGAACAGCGGUCCACCAUCGACUACCGAGAAAAGUCCAUCGAUGACCGGACGGGUGCUCCCUUGCUGGACUUCAAGACCAUUGUCGACGUGCUCAAGUUCCGCGUGAGUAACGCCGGCGACAGCGUGGCGUACCAAUCGCUCGACUCGACCUCGUCCAAAAACAAGCUGUUGACCUGGAAGAAGUUGGAACAGCGGAUCUACGCCGUGUGCAGCUACCUCAUCGAGAAGGCCGCCGUGCGGCCGGGGCAGCACGUGGUGUUGAUGUACCUGUUGAGCGAGGAGUUUGUCGUUGCGUGCAUGGCAUGCUUCAUGUGUGGGAUCAUAGCCAUCCCAAUGCUCCCGUUUGACCUGAACCGGAUCGGCGAGGACUUCCCGGCGUUCGUCGGGGUGGUGCGGGACUUCGAUGUGGUGGAGAUCUUGGUCAACGAGGAGGUGGAGAAGUUCCUCAAGAACGGACCCGUGGCGGACGCCAUUAAGAAGAUGAACCAUCGUCGGACGAAACCCGUCCACUUGAAGAACACCGCCAAGUUGACCAAGUUCGGGCUGGCGGCGUCAUUGAACCUGAAGAUCAGCAAGUACCAGGCCACGGCGAACUUCCGUGACGAAGGAUGCGUCGCCUUGGUAUGGCUCAACUUCACCUCGGACCACUACCGGGUCGGGGCCACCUUGAGCCACAAGAACAUCAUGGGCAUCUGUAAGGUGUUCAAGGAGACGUGCAACUUGCUGCUGAAGCUGGCGCUUGUCGGGUGUGUGCGGCACUCGGCGGGAAUUGGGUUUGUGCAGCUGGUGUUGCUCGGUUGCUACUUGGGCACCACCACGUACUUGUGUCUGCCCGUGAGCUACGCAGAGAACCCAUUGGCGUUCUUCUUGCUGUUGGCGCGCUACAAGGUCAAGGACGUGUUUGUCACGGAGCAGAUGUUGAAGUACGCGGCCAUCAAGUUCACGCCGAAGGGAUUCAACUUGUCCGCGUUGAAGAACAUGAUGAUCAGUACCGAAGGAAGGGUCGAGAUCGACUUGUUGCGCAAGAUUGCUCGUGUUUUCCAGCCGGCGAAGUUGAGUGCCGCGUCCAUGUCGACCGUGUACUGCCACACGUUCAACCCGGUGAUCGCCACGCGCUCGUACAUGACGGUGGCGCCCGUCGGGCUCUACUUGGACCCCGUGGCGCUCCGCCAGGGCUACGUGUCCGUGGUGAACCCGCUGGAAACCCCAACCGCGUUGUACGUGCAAGACAGCGGCAUGGUGCCCGUGUGCACGCAGAUCGCCGUGGUCAACCCGGAGACGUGCACCAUCUGUAAUGAGGGUGAGUUUGGUGAGAUCUGGGUAUGCAGCGAGGCCAACUUGACCGGGUUCUCCAACGGGCCCAAGGGCCCCGUCGACACCUUCAGCCAGAAGCAGUUUUUGGGCAAGAUCAAGCUGCUGGAAACGGGCCAGGAGGAGGAGUUGACGUACUUGAGAACGGGGGAUUUGGGCUUCUUGCACCACAUCUCGAUCACCAAGACGCGUUCAGAGGAAAGCACACACGACGCUGCUGCUGCUGCUGCUGCUGCUGCCGGUGCCAGCGGCGAAGAUGGCGACUCCUCGACCAUAUCGUUCCAGCCGCUCUUUGUGUUGGGCAAGAUCUCCGACACGUUUGAAGUGAUGGGGCUCCACCACUUCCCGAUCGACGUGGAGAACACGAUCGAGUCCUGUCAUCAUGACAUCUACAAGAACGGCUCGUGUGUGUUCAAAUGUGCCGACUACACCGUUGUGGUUUGCGAGCUGCGGAGACCACGCCAUGUGGCGUCGCUCGUGCCGCUCAUUGCCAACACGGUGCUCAGUAAGCACCACCUCAUAGUGGACAUUGUUGCGUUCAUGAAGAAGGGCCAGUUCCCGAUUCUGAGACUUGGCACGAAGCAACGGGCCCGGAUCGUCGACGCGUGGGUGCAAGGGGUGUUGCCGGUGGUGGCGCUGUACGGAGUGAACACGGGGAAAAACCUGAUGAUCAAGCUCGUGAAGGAGAUUGACGAGGUGGCCAAGGCAGACCCGGUGACGGGGCUCCGGAACCCGGCGCUCCUGUACUACGACGAGGACUACGGUGACGAUGUGUUUGGUGACAACCACGAGAGUCACUUGACUUUGAAUUGGGACCAUAAGAAUUAGAUAUAGGUAAUACAAAAGGUAAAGGUUUUUAGGAGACUGUAGCCCACUCCGUAGCUCACU